CCUUCUUUUUCACCCCAAACUCUUUGUAUUGUUGUGAAUGUUUGAGUGCAGAAGGUAUAAAAAAUGGUGGUGAAGAUUCGAUUGGCAAGGCUCGGGUGCAGGAACCACCCAUUCUAUCGCGUGGUUGUUACUGAUAGCAAAACAACAAGAGAUGGCAAGCAACUUGAAGUUUUAGGUUUCUACAAUCCCGUCGCAGGCAAGGAUGAUGAGAAAAGAAUGAGUCUCAAACUGGAAAGAGUCAAGUAUUGGCUUUCUGUCGGAGCUAAGCCUUCAGAGCCUGUUGAGCAUCUUCUGUUUCGAGCAGGUUUAGGACAAUCUCAUCAAUUCCCUGUUGCUGCUCUAAAUGGACAUUUCCUCAACCAAGACCAACCAACCAAUGCUGAUCACAAUGGUGUAUCUCCAGAAGCUAUAUUUUCUAUUGGCCUACAAGUUUGAAGAGAAUAGCUACCAUACAUUUGGAGAAGGUGGGUGGUGUUGUGAUCAAUUUUUUGCACCCUGUUCAAUACCACCUAGAAACAAAUUGAUAGGUUAUCUUGCUGUCUAGAAACUGGUUAGAUUUGUUUCCUGGGAAGAUGUUAUCACAGUAGCAAAAGUAGCUUCAUUUGAUUUUGGCUUAUGUAUGCAUUUCUGACAUUGUUGUCAACACACCAGUUGGUUUUUAUGCUUAUGCAAUUUUUCUUGAUUCUGACAAUUUAUUUUGAAA